AUGCCUGUGCGCAGGGGGCACGUGGCACCACAAAACACAUUUUUGGGGACCAUCAUACGGAAAUUUGAAGGGCAAAAUAAAAAAUUUAUCAUUGCAAAUGCUAGAGUGCAGAACUGUGCUAUCAUCUACUGCAACGAUGGGUUCUGCGAGAUGACUGGUUUCUCCAGGCCAGAUGUCAUGCAAAAGCCUUGUACCUGUGACUUUCUCCAUGGACCUGAGACCAAAAGGCAUGAUAUCGCCCAGAUUGCCCAAGCAUUGCUGGGGUCAGAGGAGAGGAAAGUGGAGGUUACCUACUAUCACAAAAACGGGUCUACUUUCAUUUGUAAUACUCACGUAAUUCCAGUGAAGAACCAAGAAGGUGUGGCUAUGAUGUUCAUCAUUAAUUUUGAGUAUGUGACAGAUGAAGAAAAUGCUGCCUCCCCAGAAAGGGUAAACCCAAUAUUGCCAGUCAAAUCUGUAAAUCGUAAACUCUUUGGGUUGAAGUUCCCUGGGUUGAGAGUCCUCACCUACAGGAAGCAGUCUCUACCGCAAGAAGACCCUGAUGUGGUCGUCAUCGAUUCGUCCAAACACAGUGAUGAUUCUGUUGCCAUGAAGCACUUUAAGUCUCCCACAAAAGAAAGCUGCAGCCCCUCUGAAGCAGAUGAUACAAAAGCCUUGAUACAGCCUAGCAAAUGUUCUCCCUUAGUGAAUAUAUCUGGACCUCUUGACCAUUCUUCUCCCAAAAGGCAAUGGGACCGACUCUACCCUGACAUGCUGCAAUCCAGCUCCCAGCUGGCCCACUCCAGAUCCAGAGAAAGCCUCUGUAGUAUACGCAGAGCAUCUUCAGUGCACGACAUAGAAGGAUUCAGCGUUCACCCGAAGAGUGUAUUUAGAGACCGGCAUGCCAGUGAAGACAAUGGUCGCAAUGUCAAAGGGCCUUUUAAUCACAUCAAGUCAAGCCUUCUGGGAUCCACAUCGGAUUCAAACCUCAACAAAUACAGCACCAUUAACAAGAUUCCACAGCUCACUCUGAACUUUUCAGAUGUCAAAACAGAAAAAAAGAAUACAUCCCCUCCUUCGUCAGAUAAAACCAUUAUUGCACCCAAGGUUAAAGACCGAACGCACAAUGUGACGGAGAAGGUCACGCAGGUUCUCUCAUUAGGAGCAGAUGUCCUGCCAGAAUAUAAACUGCAGACACCACGCAUCAACAAGUUUACGAUAUUGCACUACAGCCCCUUCAAGGCAGUUUGGGAUUGGCUUAUUCUGCUGUUGGUCAUAUACACUGCUAUCUUCACUCCCUAUUCUGCAGCUUUUCUCCUCAAUGACAGAGAAGAACAGAAAAGACGAGAAUGUGGAUAUUCUUGUAGCCCUUUAAAUGUGGUAGACUUGAUUGUGGAUAUUAUGUUUAUUAUAGAUAUUCUAAUAAACUUCAGAACCACAUAUGUAAAUCAGAAUGAAGAAGUGGUAAGUGAUCCGGCCAAAAUAGCAAUACACUACUUCAAAGGCUGGUUCCUGAUUGACAUGGUUGCUGCAAUUCCUUUUGACUUACUGAUUUUUGGAUCAGGUUCCGAUGAGACAACAACAUUAAUUGGUCUUUUGAAGACAGCUCGACUCCUACGUCUUGUGAGAGUGGCCAGGAAACUUGAUCGAUACUCAGAAUACGGUGCUGCUGUGCUAAUGCUCUUAAUGUGCAUAUUUGCCCUGAUUGCUCACUGGUUGGCUUGCAUCUGGUAUGCGAUAGGGAAUGUUGAAAGGCCAUAUCUGACGGACAAGAUUGGAUGGCUAGAUUCCUUAGGACAACAAAUCGGGAAACGUUACAAUGACAGUGACUCGAGUUCUGGACCAUCCAUAAAAGACAAAUAUGUCACAGCACUUUAUUUCACUUUCAGCAGUUUAACCAGUGUAGGAUUUGGAAAUGUGUCUCCUAACACCAAUUCGGAGAAAAUCUUUUCAAUUUGUGUCAUGUUGAUUGGCUCACUCAUGUAUGCAAGCAUUUUUGGAAAUGUUUCUGCAAUUAUCCAAAGACUAUACUCGGGAACCGCCAGGUACCACAUGCAGAUGUUGCGAGUAAAAGAAUUCAUUCGUUUUCAUCAAAUUCCUAACCCUCUGAGACAACGGCUUGAAGAAUAUUUCCAACAUGCGUGGACUUACACCAAUGGCAUUGACAUGAACAUGGUCCUAAAGGGUUUCCCAGAAUGCUUGCAAGCUGACAUUUGUCUACAUCUCAACCAGACUUUGCUGCAAAACUGCAAAGCCUUUCGGGGGGCAAGUAAAGGUUGCCUUCGAGCUUUGGCAAUGAAGUUCAAGACCACACAUGCACCUCCGGGAGACACUCUGGUUCACUGUGGGGAUGUCCUCACGGCACUUUACUUUUUAUCCAGAGGCUCCAUUGAAAUCCUCAAAGAUGACAUCGUGGUAGCUAUUUUGGGAAAAAAUGAUAUAUUUGGAGAAAUGGUUCAUCUUUAUGCCAAACCUGGGAAGUCUAACGCAGAUGUAAGAGCACUCACAUACUGUGACUUGCAUAAAAUCCAACGAGAAGACUUGCUAGAAGUUUUGGAUAUGUAUCCAGAGUUUUCUGAUCACUUUCUAACAAACCUAGAGUUGACUUUCAACUUAAGACAUGAGAAUGCAAAGGCUGAUCUCUUAUUACGAUCACAAUCAGUGAAUGAUUCUGAAGGAGACAACUAUAAACUACGAAGAAGGAGAUUGUCAUUUGAAAGUGAAGGAGAAAAAGAAAACAAGAAAAAUGAUCCUGAUGAUUCUGCAGAUACCAUAAGACAUUAUCAGAGUUCCAAGAAACACUUUGAAGAGAAAAAAAGCAGAUCAUCAUCUUUCAUCUCCUCCAUCGAUGAUGAACAAAAACCGCUCUUCUCAGGAAUAUCAGAUUCUCCGCAGGGAACAGGGAAAGCAACUGGGCUCGCUUUUGAAGAAACAGGGCCCACCUCAGGAAGAAUCCACACAGAUAGAAGAAGUCACUCUUGCAAAGAUAUCACUGAUGCCCAACACUGGGAACGAGAGCACGCCGGGACUCAGCCCCUGCCUGAUGAGUCUCAUUCCUCAGCACUGCAGCAAGCUGCCUGGGGCAUUUCUGAAACCGAAAGUGACCUUACAUAUGGGGAAGUAGAACAAAGACUAGAUUUGCUUCAAGAACAACUUAACAGACUUGAAUCCCAAAUGACUACUGACAUCCAGACCAUCUUACAGUUGCUGCAGAAGCAAACUGCUGCGGUUCCUCCAGCCUAUAGUAUGGUGACUGCAGGAGCUGAGUAUCAGAGACCCGUCAUCCGCCUAAUGAGAGCCAGCCAUCCUGGUGCAUCCAUUAAAACAGACAGAAAUUUCAGUCCUUCCUCACAAUGUCCUGAAUUUCUAGACCUUGAAAAAUCUAACCUUAAAUCCAAAGAAUCCCUCUCAAGUGGGGUACAUCUGAACACAGCUUCAGAAGACAACUUGACUUCACUUUUAAAACAAGACAGUGAUCUGUCUUUAAAGCUUCAGCCGAGGCAAAGAAAGACUUACCUUCAUCCAAUUAGGCAUCCUUCUUUACCUGAAUCAUCUCAAAGCACUACUGGAAUCUUGGGUCUUCAUAGGCAUGUUUCUGAUCCUGGUCUUCCAGGGAAAUAA